AUGUCGGGCAAGCUGAUCAUGAAGCGCAAGCGUGCGGAUCAGCACAGCAGAAGAGAGCACGAGCAGCAGCCGGAGGAGCGCCCACAACAGCAACAACAGCAGCAGCAGCAUCCACAACAUCAGGAAGAGGUAGAAGAGCAAGGAGGACCGGAGAAGCGCCACCGACCCUUGACCCCACCUGCCGAGCAGCCAGCAGAGGGAUACGAGGAAGAUUCCCCCAACAGAAUUUUGCUCGAGGCCCUGCAGAAGAUCAUGGAGCUGCAGUCGGAGCUGGAUGCCUUCGAGCAGGACCUGGACGAGCGCGAUGGCUACCAAGCAGCGGUGGCUGACGAGGAGGAGGAUGACCAGGAAGGAGAGAGCCUUGACGAUGACAACCUGGACGCCGAGGUGGCUGCCCAGUUCGCACCACCCACUCCUGGCCAGCGCAGCCAGGCCGAGGCUCUUGGUUUCGCCAUGUGCGCCCGAGAGACUCUCCUCUUCCUACAGAGCGAGGGCAUCCCCACCGAGUCGCCGCUGUACCAGACUCUCCUCGGAAAGCUAGUAGGCCAGAGCGAUGGCCUACUGCACGCCUAA